GGAGCAUUGCUUCACCGGACCCAUCACGUGUCACCCGCUGUGCCGCCUUCUCUCUCUCUCUCCCCACCCCCACGGAUUCUUCCCCUCCACUUCACCCACAAUCUGCUAACCACUGAUGACUGUCCAUUUUUUAUGUUCUUGAGGCCUCUCUCUCUCUCUGUGCUGAAUUCUUUUGUGCUGGGAGCCAUGAAUCAUCGCCCAUGUUAGUUGCAGGUCAUGGUCUCCGCAACUUAUGUCCUGGUGCGGUAGCUGGGCGGUAAUUUCAUUCCUGAAAUCGGAAAUCUAUGGGUGAAUCAAUAGUAGACCCUCCGGAAAUCGGAAAUAAGAUGGGUGUGUCGGCUGCCCCUGUUGGUGCUCUCGAAGCAUCGGUUUCCUUCGGUAGAUUCGUGAAUGAUUCAUUGUCUUGGGAGAGAUGGUCGUCUUUCUCGCCAAACAAGUAUCUGGAAGAAGUGGAGAAGUGCUCAACCCCUGGAUCAGUGGCUCAGAAGAAGGCCUAUUUUGAAGCUCACUACAAGAAAAUUGCUGCUCGAAAGGCUGAGCUACUGAAUCAGGAAAAGCAAAUGAAAGCCGGAAGCUCAAGGCCAGAGGAGUCGAAUUCUGGAGAUCUAAGUAUAAGCACUGGUGGGACUGAUGCAGAGUGUGAUAUGGCUGAAAAUCAGAAGUCACCUGAGGUGGUUGAGCAAGACACUAAUGGGAUCUGUGCUGUGAGUAGUUGCCAUAUCGAAGAUGAGUAUGACGAGCCAAGUGAGGAUGCUGCGGUCACCAAAGAAUUUCAAAGUCCAUCAGUUGAGAGUACUAAAGAAGAAUUUGACAGCAGACCAGAUAGUCUUACAGUAAAGAAAUCAGAUGAAGCUGAUUCCCUGAAAGAAUAUAAUUAUCCUGUGGGGCCUCCAGCAGAAACAGAGCUUCAAUGGAAAUUGGGCAAUGGAAUAGGAAACACCUCAGAAGUUAAAGCAGAAAGUGUGAGAUUGGAUCCACCAAAAGAAUCUCAGAAGGUAACUCUAAUCAACAAGGUGGGACAUGCUGUGAAAACAAAGAAGAAAUCUGCAUCACCAGUACCCAAAUCACCUCAAAUGACGACCCCUAGAGUGUCAAAGCCUGCAUCAAGCUCCAUUGUGAAGCGUGCGUCACGAUCAUCAACAAGGAAGGAUAAUAGUUCAUCUUUACCAAGGAGCAACAAUCCUUCUGUGCAUCAAAGCAAGAAAGCAGGUCCUUCAUCUCUGCACAUGUCCCUUAAUUUGGGUGGUUCUACAAAUGCUACUGAUUCAGCUUUUCAUACAACAACCAGAAAAUCGUUUAUUAUGGACAAAAUGGGGGAUAAGGAUAUUGUUAAACGAGCAUUCAAGACAUUUCAAAGUAAUUAUAACCAACUGAAAACUUCUGGAGAAGAGCGAUCUUCAGACCCAAAGCAGGUGUCAGCAAAAGGAACAAGGCCAAGGGUUUCCACUUCUAUGGCUCCACGAAAAGAGAAUGGCAGGUCACUCAAAGCAGAUUCUGUGGAUCAAAGACAUGCUAAAGGUUCUGCAUCUUCUUUUAGCUUGAGAAGCGACGAAAGGGCAGAAAAACGCAAAGUGUUUCUCAAAAAGUUAGAGGAAAAAUCCAAUGCUCAAGAGGCAGAGAGAAUGCGUCUCCAGUCAAGAUCAAAGGAGGAAAAAGAGGCAGAGAUCAAAAAGCUAAGACAGGGCCUAAAUUUCAAAGCGACACCAAUGCCAGAUUUUUACAGGGGACAAAAAGUAUCCAAAAGCACUUUAGAUAAGGGGGUUCCGAGAAGGAGAUCCGUAGUCGACUCAAGUGCCAAAGGUUAGAGAAUCAUGUGUCAUUGCGAAGGCUGAAAAGUCAUGGACCAUCAUCAUAACGAGCAAUUGGAGGUAGCAUAAAAAAUAAAAAAAAAUCAUGCCUAUUUUGGAAGCAAAAUGUAUUGGACAGUGAAGAUGCACAUAAAGAAGGGAGUUUCUUUACAGUAAGGACCCCAUCCAGGAAAGUUAUCAUAGCUUAGCCAACAAAAAGCAGUUGUUCAUAUCACAGAUCUUUUCCUCUUGAGCCUUUUUAGUAGUGGGUAGCAGCUAAAAAGGAGGUUGGGGCUUCAUACUAUCUUUACGUUGACCAAUUGUUGGUUUAUUCCCGAGCUCUCCUCUCGACUACCAUAAGAUUAUUUUAGAACAGAAGGAAAAUUUAUUGUAUAAGAUGCAUUUUCAUUGCAUAAUGAACUGAGGGAACUGUGUGAAGAGUAAGGACCCCUGUCAGUGGUUGCACAAUCUGUAGUCUGAUUAUGUAAAAGGCUCCUAUGCUUGGUUCAAUCCAUGUUGUCUGGAUUGGUAGGCAAUUGGUAUUUGAUUUGAUAGCUUAUCUGUU